AUGGACAGAUGCAGAGUUCAGUGCUACGAGUACCCCACCUGCCCGGAUGUUGUGAAAGGCAAGUCCCCUGGAGCCUGCUCCCCAGCCCCUAGAGAGGAGAUCGCCUACGUGACCUGCACCUACAGGGAAACGUGCAUCGACCAACCCGACUUCCUGGCCACCAUCGACCUCAACCCCAGAUCUCCCUGUUAUUGCCAGGUGAUCCACCGCCUGCCCAUGCCCAACCUCAAGGACGAGCUGCAUUCCUCGGGGUGGGCCGCUGGCUGCACCUGCUCCGACAGUUGCUCCACGAAAAGGAACAAGCUGAUCCUUCCCUGUUUGAUUUCUUCCCGCAUUUACGUGGUGGAUGUGGGUUCGCAGUGCCGGGCUCCCAAGCUGUGCAAGAUGAUUGAGCCGGUGGAUGUCUUCUGGAAGUGCAACAAGGGGUACCUCGGGGUAAUCCACAGCCUGCCGUGUGGCGAUAUAUUGAUUUCCAACAUGGGAGAUCCAGCUGGCAAUGGGAAAGGUACAGUCCCCUGGAACUAUCCCAGUUGUGAGCCCCCCAGCGGAUACGACUUCUGGUACCAGCCGCGCCACAACGUUCUCAUCAGCUCGGCUGGCUUAGUCCCGAAACGGGCAGGAUAUGGAUUUAAUCCCAAUGACUUCAAAAAAG